CAUUUGGCUCGAUCGUACACCGGCGAUCCGAAUGCGAUCGUUGCGUUUACUUUUAUCGGUAGCUGCCAACAGAGUUGACGGUAUUCCGACCAACCGCAACCUUUCCUCGAUUGACGCAUCGCGCGCGACACCGUCACGCAACUUGCUCUCUUCCAUUAUUGCCGCGAAAACGUUCUUUUCUCUUCCGAUCGCCGGAAUAACCGCUCUAAUAGCGACCGUCCUUUCGAUACGCGUGUCCGACUCCUCGCCCAGUCGCCUAACGCGAUGGUUUCCAUCCUCGUUUCCUCGACACUGCUUUUUCCCGUCCGAAAGGAUGGCAAACUCGGAGCCCUAACGACUCUUGGAAAUGCUUCGCUUCCGUCGAUACAGGCUGCGCGAUACUUGCGUGUUUCUGAAAAAAAGGAACAAUUCGGUAUUUCGAAAAGUACAGACGCGUCGAUCGCGUGGGAUCAUUCGACGAGGAAACUUUCGCUUUCGAGAAAAACACGAUCCAGGCUUCUUUUUACGUUCUAACGUUGCAAGGAAAUCGUGCACACCCACCAAAUAAAUCACACGAGGUCUGCGCGGAGCUGGCGCACGCGCGCCGCGUCAUCGUCGAUCGAGUCGAACUCGACGACCUCGAUAUACGCGUUAAUCGUGUGUAGGUAUACUUACGUAUCUACAUACAUUGUUGACAACUGCUUUUACGCUUUUUUCCCCGAACCGGAGAACUACUUCGAUCGUAACGAGCCUAUACGCCGCGCAGCUCCGACCAAACCCUAUCGAAUCCACGGGCAUUCGCGAUUCGUCUCAUUUUCUUCGAAGCAAACCGUGUGGUCUGCCGGCCGAGAGCGGUUCGUUGUUCGAUCGUACGAACCUGCACGUAAACGGCGAGAACGCAACGCCAUCUUUGUCAAGUUUCCCGACAACGGUAUCCAAAUACGAUGGCGUGUACCAUCCAAUGAUAAUUCUCGAAAUGUUCCCGAGCAAAUAAUUCCACACGGAAUUUCGUAAAUUUCUUUCGUCCAUCGAGAAUCACGCGAUACGCUGGCAAGAAUGUGCGCAUCUUUGAGCGAAUUUUCGCUGCGUCGACCUAGUCGCGUAGCACAGAGGUUAACUGUUCGAGAAGCAUUAAAAACAAAACUAUCGAGAGUAAAGGGACGGUGUACGUGCCGAAGCUCAGGUAUUCAGCCCUGACCGAUUUUCGUGGAAUUCCACAUCGACCGACGUGGAAUUUACCACGCACUUACAUCUAACACCUUUCUCACCCGACCACGGUCUUCCUCCCUUCCGUUUUCAGCCCUUUCGAGAAACGAAUUUCGACUCGCCAAUUAUAUUUCCUUUCUUCUAUUUUUUCGUUGAUUUCAAUUAUGUAACGACAUCGACCGAGUAUAGAUGGUUCGUUGCCUGCUACGCAAGCUAUUUACGAGUAGGCGUUUAGUCCAUUCGAGAAUACGAAUAGUCGCUCGAACAUGUACAAUCAUCGAUUUUCUUCAAUGUCAUGGCAAUUUUUUCGAUAGAUUCGUCGCGUUAAUAAAUCGAAAUGAAAUCGUCCCAACCUCUCAAUUAUUUCUAUUGCUCGAUGUAGGUAGUUUUAUAUUGUGUUUACGUGCGCACACAAGGUCGAUCCACGUGCGUGCGUGCGUGCGUAUGCUCGUGCGUAUAUAAAUAAAUACAUUUCUUACAUCUUGUAAACGAUAGAGUUAUAAAUAAUCCGUCAACAGUACUUUAUCGAUAGUCUCGAUGUUAUCGAUUCCAAUCUCUUCCAACGUCACGCGUAUGUUUUCUUUGUAACUCGUAUACAAACAUCGAGUACAGGUUAUGUAGGCGUGGAUAAUCGACAGUUUAAUAUAUGUAUUAUAAAAUUAUCAUUCCUCGAUGUCGAUGUCGAUGUGAAAAUGCAGAGCUACUGUACGCCAAGAAUGUUCGCACAUUGGAAUCCGACUGGUUGCCGAAUCUGUCACCGAUAAAAUAGAUAUGCAUGAUUCGUUUAGUGUCGUUUAGCCGUUAAUAGGUUAGGUGUGGAGACGUUUUUGUAAAACAUCAUUUUUGUUAAGUAAUUUUCGCGCUCGCAUCAUGCAUAUCACGAGAAUUGGAAUUUUCUUGUCACGUUUACGUACACGCGAAAUGUUGUGCACUUCGAAAUUAUGUUAUUCUCAAGAAGCAGUUGUAGAUAAGAAAGUUUUAGCGUUGCGAUCAAAACUAUUGUAUUCCGACUACUUGGAUCUCGAAAAUGUGAAAAAUCCAUAUGCCGUGAGAAAAGUAAUACAGACGAAGGAAUUAAUGCGCCAGAAAUAUUCGAGAGUUAAAACUUCUUUCGAAGAUCCUAUUUCCAGCGUAUUAUUAACGAAGGCGAUUCGAAAUGAAGGCGAGAGCAACGCUAAUGAGAGAAUAGAAGAAAAAGAGGAGACAUGCGCGUAUAUGCCGCAUACCAGAAUAGACUCUUAUAAAACUGUUGACACUUUAACGGAAACUAUAGAGGACGACGAACCAUCGAAUUCGUUGAAUCAAAAGUGGAAAGAUGUAUACGACAAAUAUUUGAAUCGUAUGGCUUCGUUCGACAAGAAUGGCAAAUUGGAUUUCAACGACAUAGAGGAGGAGAAAUCUGAUAAAUCGUUGCCAAACGGAGAGUUGUGGAAGGUACCGUCAACUUGGAUGACAGACUUUGCUCAAUUCGACGAUACCUUAAUGGACAGUGAAAUGCACAAAAGAUACGGAACACCGAAUCCAUCGACCAAACCCAGUUCUGUUCCUUGCGGAGGAUGCGGAGCCCUAUUGCAUUGCCGGGAUCCCGAGAUCCCUGGAUAUUUACCGUCAGAAUUGUUUUUGAACGGUAGCAAGAAAACUUUGAAACUUACGGUUUGUCAGAGGUGCCACUUCUUAAAUAUUUAUAACGCCGCCUUGCACGUAAAGGUAUCGAUACACGAUUAUCCGAGACUGUUGAGCGUUAUAAAGAGGAAGAAAUGCGCGGUGAUCUUGAUGAUUGACUUGACAGAUUUUCCUUGCAGUAUAUGGCCCGAUCUAAAAAGCGUCUUGCAUCCUUUUACACCUAUCUUUCUAGUCGGAAAUAAAGUCGACUUACUUCCUAGGGACAGCCAAGACUUUUUUGAGAAUACUAAACAGCAGUUAUUGAAUAGCGUGAUCAACGCAACUGGUAUAAAGAAGGAACAGGUAACGCACGUUGCGCUCGCGUCUGCGAAAACUGGUUACGGUAUAGAGAGUCUGAUAAAUAAGUUGCAAUAUAUAUGGCGGCACAAAGGAGACGUUUACUUGAUUGGAUGCACAAAUGUUGGCAAAAGUACGAUGUUUAAUACGCUUUUAAAGUCGGAUUAUUGUAAAGUACAAGCUACGGAUCUGAUACAACGCGCUACCAUAUCAGCUUGGCCAGGAACGACGUUGAAUUUAUUGAAAUUCCCUAUUUUGAAUCCAGUACCGAAUAAAGUAUGGUUACGCGUGAAACGGCUUCUAGCGGAGCAAAAGCAGGCACAUUUAGAAACGAAAUACAAUAUUUCCAAGUAUCGGGAAACGAGGAAUAUGAAGUACGUGACGUUAAAAGAGAAUGUCGGUAGAACGUUCCGCGAUUUCGCGCUACAAUUGGACGCGCUGGAUCCUUUUUCGGAAAGAGCGAACAAACUUAUGGAACGGGAGUUGAGUUUCGACGAGACGAAACCAGAGUACGCGCAGAGUCGUUGGUGUUACGACACACCGGGUACCAUUCAGUCGGAUCAAAUACUAGAUCUGCUGACAAUCGAAGAGCUGGCGUUGACUUUAUCCGAACACAUAAUAACGCCGAGAACGUUCAUGCUCAGGCAGGGAGAUACCGUAUUCGUAGCCGGCAUGGGAAGAUUGGAUUUGAUAUUUGCAGAUAUUUACGUUCGGUGUACGCUGUUCACGAGUAGAAAUCUACCUAUAACGAUAUGUUACACGAAGGAUGCCGACGAGGUUUACGAAGAAUUGCUGACAACCAAAGCUUUCGCGGUACCUAUCAACGAUCCCAAACGAUUGGAGGUGUGGCCUAAAUUAGAGGGGAAGGAACUGAAAGUGACCGGAAUCGACAGAAACGAAUCCGUAGCCGACGUUAUAUUGUCGAGUAUAGGUUGGAUCGCAAUCACGCCUCACGAGAACGAAAAUGUUACGUUGAAGGCGUGGACGCCACAGGCUCGAGGUAUACAUCUAAGGAGCCCGGCACUGCUGAAGAAAUCGGUAGCCUUUCGCGGCACGAAGAUUUCUGGGACACCUUUGUAUCAUUUAGGACGGAAACUGUACAUAAAAACAGAUUAGUAAUGGUAAACCGUCUAUUUCGGAAGUUGUUCGCAGCCUUUCAAAGGGAAAAUCUAAUCGAUACUCGAGUAUUUUCAAUUUGACCGAUUUAUUAAAAUUCUCUUUUGGAGUAAAGUUUCACACGUCGAUAUCACCCCUUUGACGAACCCGAUCGAACAAACGUUACCAACGAACGAGACGAUUUUACAGAGGUUGUUAUUCCCGACUGUGAAAUCGGUCUGUUUCGCGUGCGCAUCGAUCUCUCGAGGAUACUCUACGAGAAGAAGCCUUAACCUUAGGUUUCCGAUUGUUCGGCGCCGCUUUACCGCUCGCAAUUGUAGUCGUGAUCGCGAUGGUGUUUACAGGCGAAGUAACACUG